CAGUUGGAGAAUUGUCCUAAUAAUUAGGGCUUAAAGAUGGUUUGGCUAAAUGAAGCAACCGUGUUCUUCACUGCUAGCUUACUGCUACUUUUCUAUUGCCCGGUGAACGCACAGGUAGCACAAGCAUCAAGCAGUGCUGCAGUACAAAAUGUUUUCGGCAAUCAAGAUGUUGCAAGGAAUUUCUUGGGCUGUCUAACAUCAGGCAUCAGAAGCUCUUCCGCAUUUCCAAGACAAGAACAAGAAGAUCUCGAUGCAGUAGCAACAGGAAUUCUCUCAGCUGUUACAACAUCAAGUGGAGUAUCGGCAGGAGUAAGAGCUCAAGCACUCAGUACAGCCUUAGCAUCAUCUUUGGCUCAGUUGAUUAUAGCCGAAGCUGCAGGAUCCGAAUACUCUACCCAAGCAUCUGCUCUCUCGAAUGUACUAUCCAGCUGCUUCCUGAGAAUCACUGGUGUCCCAAAUCCACCAUUCGUUUCUGAAAUCGAGGGUCUGGUCUCCUUAUUUGCUGAAGAAGCUGGCCUACCUCCUCUAAAUUUAUCUCAAUUUUCAACAGGAGGAAUUAGCGUUGGCCUGGGGCAAGCGGGAAGUCAGGCAGGAAGCCAAGCUGGAAGUCAAUCAGCAAGUCAGGCAGCAGCAAGCAGCUCGACCUCCGCUUUUGCCUCUGCAUCUGCUUUCGCACAAUCAGCGUCUUUCGCACUUUCAUCCUCCAGCUCUUUCGCAAGCGCCGUCUCAUCAGCUUCUUCGGUUUCUGCUCUCGGAAUUUUAGGAUAUCAAGUAGGCCUCCAAGCAGCAGGUUCUCUCGGAAUCAGCAACUCCCAGGCAUUUGCCAGUUCAAUAUCUCAAGCACUUACUUCCGUUGGUGUGGGAGCUAGUUCAUCAGCAUACGCGAGUGCAGUAUCUGGAGUUGUUGCUCAAUACCUUUCAGGAACAGGUGUUCUUACAUCAGCGAAUGCACAAGCUCUGGCUUCCUCUUUCGCAAAUGUAUUUGCAGCGUCUGCAGCCUCAGCUUCUGCAGCGGCAUCUGCUUCAAGCGCAGCAUCUGCACAGUCUGCUGCUGCUGCAUUAGCUCAAAGUCAGUCGGCAGCCUCUGCAUUCUCUCAAGCAGCUAGUCAAGCAUUUAGUCAGGCAACUAGCCAAGCAGGAAGUCAAGCCGCAAGCCAAGCAGGAAGUCAAGCCGCAAGCCAAGCAGGAAGUCAAGCCGCAAGCCAAGCCGGAAGUCAAGCCGCAAGCCAAGCCGGAAGUCAAGCUGCAAGUCAAAGUGGAUCUGGAGCAUCGAGUUUCACAACAACCAUUUCGAGGAGUAGUGCUGGUAGUCAGGCUGGUAGUCAAGCUGGUAGCCAAGCAGGAAGUCAAGCUGGUAGCCAAGCAGGAAGUCAAGCUGGUAGCCAAGCAGGAAGUCAAGCUGGUAGCCAAGCAGGAAGUCAAGCUGGUAGCCAAGCAGGAAGUCAAGCUGGUAGCCAAGCUGGCAGCCAAGCAGCUAGCCAAGCUGGAAGUCAAUCAGCAAGUCAGGCAUCAGCAAGCAGCUCUGCCUCCGCUUUUGCCUCUGCAUCAGCUUUCGCUCAAUCAGCGUCUUUCGCACUUUCAUCCUCCAGCUCUUUCGCAAGCGCCGUCUCAUCAGCUUCUUCGGUUUCUGCUCUCGGAACUUUAGGAUAUCAAGUUGGCCUCCAAGCAGCAGGUUCUCUUGGAAUCAGCAACUCCCAGGCAUUUGCCAGUUCAAUAUCUCAAGCACUUACUUCGGUUGGUGUGGGAGCUAGUUCAUCAGCAUACGCGAGUGCAGUAUCUGGAGUUGUUGCUCAAUACCUUUCAGGAACAGGUGUUCUUACAUCAGCGAAUGCACAAGCUCUGGCUUCCUCUUUCGCAAAUGUAUUUGCAGCGUCUGCAGCCUCAGCUUCUGCAGCGGCAUCUGCUUCAAGCGCAGCAUCUGCACAGUCUGCUGCUGCUGCAUCAGCUCAAAGUCAGUCGGCAGCCUCUGCAUUCUCUCAAGCAGCAAGUCAAGCAUUUAGUCAGGCAGCUAGCCAAGCAGGAAGUCAAGCCGCAAGCCAAGCAGGAAGUCAAGCCGCAAGCCAAGCAGGAAGUCAAGCCGCAAGCCAAGCAGGAAGUCAAGCCGCAAGCCAAGCCGGAAGUCAAGCUGCAAGUCAAAGUGGAUCUGGAGCAUCGAGUUUCACAACAACCAUUUCGAGGAGUAGUGCUGGUAGUCAGGCUGGUAGUCAAGCUGGUAGCCAAGCAGGAAGUCAAGCUGGUAGCCAAGCAGGAAGUCAAGCUGGUAGCCAAGCAGGAAGUCAAGCUGGUAGCCAAGCAGGAAGUCAAGCUGGUAGCCAAGCUGGCAGCCAAGCAGCUAGCCAAGCUGGAAGUCAAUCAGCAAGUCAGGCAUCAGCAAGCAGCUCUGCCUCCGCUUUUGCCUCUGCAUCAGCUUUCGCUCAAUCAGCGUCUUUCGCACUUUCAUCCUCCAGCUCUUUCGCAAGCGCCGUCUCAUCAGCUUCUUCGGUUUCUGCUCUCGGAACUUUAGGAUAUCAAGUUGGCCUCCAAGCAGCAGGUUCUCUCGGAAUCAGCAACUCCCAGGCAUUUGCCAGUUCAAUAUCUCAAGCACUUACUUCGGUUGGUGUGGGAGCUAGUUCAUCAGCAUACGCGAGUGCAGUAUCUGGAGUUGUUGCUCAAUACCUUUCAGGAACAGGUGUUCUUACAUCAGCGAAUGCACAAGCUCUGGCUUCCUCUUUCGCAAAUGUAUUUGCAGCGUCUGCAGCCUCAGCUUCUGCAGCGGCAUCUGCUUCAAGCGCAGCAUCUGCACAGUCUACUGCUGCUGCAUUAGCUCAAAGUCAGUCGGCAGCCUCUGCAUUCUCUCAAGCAGCUAGUCAAGCAUUUAGUCAGGCAGCUAGCCAAGCAGGAAGUCAAGCCGCAAGCCAAGCAGGAAGUCAAGCCGCAAGCCAAGCAGGAAGUCAAGCCGCAAGCCAAGCCGGAAGUCAAGCCGCAAGCCAAGCCGGAAGUCAAGCUGCAAGUCAAAGUGGAUCUGGAGCAUCGAGUUUCACAACAACCAUUUCGAGGAGUAGUGCUGGUAGUCAGGCUGGUAGUCAAGCUGGUAGCCAAGCAGGAAGUCAAGCUGGUAGCCAAGCAGGAAGUCAAGCUGGUAGCCAAGCAGGAAGUCAAGCUGGUAGCCAAGCAGGAAGUCAAGCUGGUAGCCAAGCAGGAAGUCAAGCUGGUAGCCAAGCAGGAAGUCAAGCUGGUAGCCAAGCUGGCAGCCAAGCAGCUAGCCAAGCUGGAAGUCAAUCAGCAAGUCAGGCAUCAGCAAGCAGCUCUGCCUCCGCUUUUGCCUCUGCAUCAGCUUUCGCUCAAUCAGCGUCUUUCGCACUUUCAUCCUCCAGCUCUUUCGCAAGCGCCGUCUCAUCAGCUUCUUCGGUUUCUGCUCUCGGAACUUUAGGAUAUCAAGUUGGCCUCCAAGCAGCAGGUUCUCUUGGAAUCAGCAACUCCCAGGCAUUUGCCAGUUCAAUAUCUCAAGCACUUACUUCGGUUGGUGUGGGAGCUAGUUCAUCAGCAUACGCGAGUGCAGUAUCUGGAGUUGUUGCUCAAUACCUUUCAGGAACAGGUGUUCUUACAUCAGCGAAUGCACAAGCUCUGGCUUCCUCUUUCGCAAAUGUAUUUGCAGCGUCUGCAGCCUCAGCUUCUGCAGCGGCAUCUGCUUCAAGCGCAGCAUCUGCACAGUCUGCUGCUGCUGCAUCAGCUCAAAGUCAGUCGGCAGCCUCUGCAUUCUCUCAAGCAGCAAGUCAAGCAUUUAGUCAGGCAGCUAGCCAAGCAGGAAGUCAAGCCGCAAGCCAAGCAGGAAGUCAAGCCGCAAGCCAAGCAGGAAGUCAAGCCGCAAGCCAAGCAGGAAGUCAAGCCGCAAGCCAAGCCGGAAGUCAAGCUGCAAGUCAAAGUGGAUCUGGAGCAUCGAGUUUCACAACAACCAUUUCGAGGAGUAGUGCUGGUAGUCAGGCUGGUAGUCAAGCUGGAAGUCAAGCUGGUAGCCAAACAGGAAGUCAAGCUGGUAGCCAAGCAGGAAGUCAAGCUGGUAGCCAAGCUGGCAGCCAAGCAGCUAGCCAAGCUGGAAGUCAAUCAGCAAGUCAGGCAUCAGCAAGCAGCUCUGCCUCCGCUUUUGCCUCUGCAUCAGCUUUCGCUCAAUCAGCGUCUUUCGCACUUUCAUCCUCCAGCUCUUUCGCAAGCGCCGUCUCAUCAGCUUCUUCGGUUUCUGCUCUCGGAACUUUAGGAUAUCAAGUUGGCCUCCAAGCAGCAGGUUCUCUCGGAAUCAGCAACUCCCAGGCAUUUGCCAGUUCAAUAUCUCAAGCACUUACUUCGGUUGGUGUGGGAGCUAGUUCAUCAGCAUACGCGAGUGCAGUAUCUGGAGUUGUUGCUCAAUACCUUUCAGGAACAGGUGUUCUUACAUCAGCGAAUGCACAAGCUCUGGCUUCCUCUUUCGCAAAUGUAUUUGCAGCGUCUGCAGCCUCAGCUUCUGCAGCGGCAUCUGCUUCAAGCGCAGCAUCUGCACAGUCUACUGCUGCUGCAUUAGCUCAAAGUCAGUCGGCAGCCUCUGCAUUCUCUCAAGCAGCUAGUCAAGCAUUUAGUCAGGCAGCUAGCCAAGCAGGAAGUCAAGCCGCAAGCCAAGCAGGAAGUCAAGCCGCAAGCCAAGCAGGAAGUCAAGCCGCAAGCCAAGCAGGAAGUCAAGCCGCAAGCCAAGCCGGAAGUCAAGCUGCAAGUCAAAGUGGAUCUGGAGCAUCGAGUUUCACAACAACCAUUUCGAGGAGUAGUGCUGGUAGUCAGGCUGGUAGUCAAGCUGGUAGCCAAGCAGGAAGUCAAGCUGGUAGCCAAGCAGGAAGUCAAGCUGGUAGCCAAGCAGGAAGUCAAGCUGGUAGCCAAGCAGGAAGUCAAGCUGGUAGCCAAGCCGGCAGCCAAGCAGCUAGCCAAGCUGGAAGUCAAUCAGCAAGUCAGGCAUCAGCAAGCAGCUCUGCCUCCGCUUUUGCCUCUGCAUCAGCUUUCGCUCAAUCAGCGUCUUUCGCACUUUCAUCCUCCAGCUCUUUCGCAAGCGCCGUCUCAUCAGCUUCUUCGGUUUCUGCUCUCGGAACUUUAGGAUAUCAAGUUGGCCUCCAAGCAGCAGGUUCUCUCGGAAUCAGCAACUCCCAGGCAUUUGCCAGUUCAAUAUCUCAAGCACUUACUUCGGUUGGUGUGGGAGCUAGUUCAUCAGCAUACGCGAGUGCAGUAUCUGGAGUUGUUGCUCAAUACCUUUCAGGAACAGGUGUUCUUACAUCAGCGAAUGCACAAGCUCUGGCUUCCUCUUUCGCAAAUGUAUUUGCAGCGUCUGCAGCCUCAGCUUCUGCAGCGGCAUCUGCUUCAAGCGCAGCAUCUGCACAGUCUGCUGCUGCUGCAUUAGCUCAAAGUCAGUCGGCAGCCUCUGCAUUCUCUCAAGCAGCUAGUCAAGCAUUUAGUCAGGCAGCUAGCCAAGCAGGAAGUCAAGCCGCAAGCCAAGCAGGAAGUCAAGCCACAAGCCAAGCAGGAAGUCAAGCCGCAAGCCAAGCCGGAAGUCAAGCCGCAAGCCAAGCCGGAAGUCAAGCUGCAAGUCAAAGUGGAUCUGGAGCAUCGAGUUUCACAACAACCAUUUCGAGGAGUAGUGCUGGUAGUCAGGCUGGUAGUCAAGCUGGAAGUCAAGCUGGUAGCCAAGCAGGAAGUCAAGCUGGUAGCCAAGCAGGAAGUCAAGCUGGUAGCCAAGCAGGAAGUCAAGCUGGUAGCCAAGCUGGCAGUCAAGCAGCUAGCCAAGCUGGAAGUCAAUCAGCAAGUCAGGCAUCAGCAAGCAGCUCUGCCUCCGCUUUUGCCUCUGCAUCAGCUUUCGCUCAAUCAGCGUCUUUCGCACUUUCAUCCUCCAGCUCUUUCGCAAGCGCCGUCUCAUCAGCUUCUUCGGUUUCUGCUCUCGGAACUUUAGGAUAUCAAGUUGGCCUCCAAGCAGCAGGUUCUCUCGGAAUCAGCAACUCCCAGGCAUUUGCCAGUUCAAUAUCUCAAGCACUUACUUCGGUUGGUGUGGGAGCUAGUUCAUCAGCAUACGCGAGUGCAGUAUCUGGAGUUGUUGCUCAAUACCUUUCAGGAACAGGUGUUCUUACAUCAGCGAAUGCACAAGCUCUGGCUUCCUCUUUCGCAAAUGUAUUUGCAGCGUCUGCAGCCUCAGCUUCUGCAGCGGCAUCUGCUUCAAGCGCAGCAUCUGCACAGUCUGCUGCUGCUGCAUUAGCUCAAAGUCAGUCGGCAGCCUCUGCAUUCUCUCAAGCAGCUAGUCAAGCAUUUAGUCAGGCAGCUAGCCAAGCAGGAAGUCAAGCCGCAAGCCAAGCAGGAAGUCAAGCCGCAAGCCAAGCAGGAAGUCAAGCCGCAAGCCAAGCAGGAAGUCAAGCCGCAAGCCAAGCCGGAAGUCAAGCCGCAAGCCAAGCCGGAAGUCAAGCUGCAAGUCAAAGUGGAUCUGGAGCAUCGAGUUUCACAACAACCAUUUCGAGGAGUAGUGCUGGAAGUCAAGCUGGUAGCCAAGCAGGAAGUCAGGCUGGUAGCCAAGCAGGAAGUCAAGCUGGUAGCCAAGCAGGAAGUCAAGCUGGUAGCCAAGCAGGAAGUCAAGCUGGUAGCCAAGCUGGCAGCCAAGCAGCUAGCCAAGCUGGAAGUCAAUCAGCAAGUCAGGCAUCAGCAAGCAGCUCUGCCUCCGCUUUUGCCUCUGCAUCAGCUUUCGCUCAAUCAGCGUCUUUCGCACUUUCAUCCUCCAGCUCUUUCGCAAGCGCCGUCUCAUCAGCUUCUUCGGUUUCUGCUCUCGGAACUUUAGGAUAUCAAGUUGGCCUCCAAGCAGCAGGUUCUCUCGGAAUCAGCAACUCCCAGGCAUUUGCCAGUUCAAUAUCUCAAGCACUUACUUCGGUUGGUGUGGGAGCUAGUUCAUCAGCAUACGCGAGUGCAGUAUCUGGAGUUGUUGCUCAAUACCUUUCAGGAACAGGUGUUCUUACAUCAGCGAAUGCUCAAGCUCUGGCUUCCUCUUUCGCAAAUGUAUUUGCAGCGUCUGCAGCCUCAGCUUCUGCAGCGGCAUCUGCUUCAAGCGCAGCAUCUGCACAGUCUACUGCUGCUGCAUUAGCUCAAAGUCAGUCGGCAGCCUCUGCAUUCUCUCAAGCAGCUAGUCAAGCAUUUAGUCAGGCAGCUAGCCAAGCAGGAAGUCAAGCCGCAAGCCAAGCAGGAAGUCAAGCCGCAAGCCAAGCAGGAAGUCAAGCCGCAAGCCAAGCCGGAAGUCAAGCUGCAAGUCAAAGUGGAUCUGGAGCAUCGAGUUUCACAACAACCAUUUCGAGGAGUAGUGCUGGUAGUCAGGCUGGUAGUCAAGCUGGUAGCCAAGCAGGAAGUCAAGCUGGUAGCCAAGCAGGAAGUCAAGCUGGUAGCCAAGCAGGAAGUCAAGCUGGUAGCCAAGCUGGCAGCCAAGCAGCUAGCCAAGCUGGAAGUCAAUCAGCAAGUCAGGCAUCAGCAAGCAGCUCUGCCUCCGCUUUUGCCUCUGCAUCAGCUUUCGCUCAAUCAGCGUCUUUCGCACUUUCAUCCUCCAGCUCUUUCGCAAGCGCCGUCUCAUCAGCUUCUUCGGUUUCUGCUCUCGGAACUUUAGGAUAUCAAGUUGGCCUCCAAGCAGCAGGUUCUCUCGGAAUCAGCAACUCCCAGGCAUUUGCCAGUUCAAUAUCUCAAGCACUUACUUCGGUUGGUGUGGGAGCUAGUUCAUCAGCAUACGCGAGUGCAGUAUCUGGAGUUGUUGCUCAAUACCUUUCAGGAACAGGUGUUCUUACAUCAGCGAAUGCACAAGCUCUGGCUUCCUCUUUCGCAAAUGUAUUUGCAGCGUCUGCAGCCUCAGCUUCUGCAGCGGCAUCUGCUUCAAGCGCAGCAUCUGCACAGUCUGCUGCUGCUGCAUUAGCUCAAAGUCAGUCGGCAGCCUCUGCAUUCUCUCAAGCAGCUAGUCAAGCAUUUAGUCAGGCAGCUAGCCAAGCAGGAAGUCAAGUCGCAAGCCAAGCAGGAAGUCAAGCCGAGAGCCAAGCUGGAAGUCAAGCCGCAAGCCAAGCAGGAAGUCAAGCCGCAAGCCAAGCCGGAAGUCAAGCUGCAAGUCAAAGUGGAUCUGGAGCAUCGAGUUUCACAACAACCAUUUCGAGGAGUAGUGCUGGUAGUCAAGCUGGUAGUCAAGCUGGUAGCCAAGCAGGAAGUCAAGCUGGUAGCCAAGCAGGAAGUCAAGCUGGUAGCCAAGCUGGCAGCCAAGCUGGCAGCCAAGCAGCUAGCCAAGCUGGAAGUCAAUCAGCAAGUCAGGCAUCAGCAAGCAGCUCUGCCUCCGCUUUUGCCUCUGCGUCAGCUUUCGCUCAAUCAGCGUCUUUCGCACUUUCAUCCUCCAGCUCUUUUGCAAGCGCCGUCUCAUCAGCUUCUUCGGUUUCUGCUCUCGGAACUUUAGGAUAUCAAGUAGGCCUCCAAGCAGCAGGUUCUCUCGGAAUCAGCAACUCCCAGGCAUUUGCUAGUUCAAUAUCUCAAGCACUUACUUCGGUUGGUGUGGGAGCUAGUUCAUCAGCAUACGCGAGUGCAGUAUCUGGAGUUGUUGCUCAAUACCUUUCAGGAACAGGUGCUCUUACAUCAGCGAAUGCACAAGCUCUGGCUUCCUCUUUCGCAAAUGUAUUUGCAGCGUCUGCAGCCUCAGCUUCUGCAGCGGCAUCUGCUUCAAGCGCAACAUCUGCACAGUCGGCUGCUGCUGCAUUAGCUCAAAGUCAGGCGGCAGCGUCAGCGUUUUCACAAGCAGCAAGUCAAGCAUCGAGUCAAGCAUCGAGUCAAGCAGCAAGUCAAGCAUCGAGUCAAGCAUCGAGUCAAGCAGGAAGUCAAGCAUCGAGUCAAGCAUCGAGUCAAGCAUCGAGUCAAGCAGUAAGUCAAGCAGCUAGCCAAGCAGCAAGUCAAGCAGCAAGCCAAAGUGCAGCCUCAGCUAGAGCAGGAGCUUCCAGUGCUUCAUUUUCCGCGUCUCAAAGUAAUGCAGCCAGUCAAGCAGGUAGCCAAGCAGCAAGCCGAGCUGCCAGCCAAGCAGCUAGCCAAGCUGGAAGUCAAUCAGCAAGUCAGGCAGCAGCAAGCAGCUCUGCCUCAGCUUCUGCCUCUGCAUCUGCUUUCGCACAAUCAGCUUCUCUCGCCCUAGCAUCCUCCAGUUCUUUUGCAAGCGCCAUCUCAUCCGUUUCUUCAGUUUCUUCUCUUGGAUCUUUAGGAUAUCAAGUUGGUCUUCAAGCAGCUGGGUCACUCGGAAUCAGCAACUCCCAAGCAUUCGCCAGUUCUAUAUCUCAAGCCCUUACUUCGGUUGGAGUAGGAGCUAGUUCAGCGGCUUACGCUAGUGCGGUAUCCGGCGUUCUUGCUCAGUACCUUUCAGGAACAGGUGUCCUUACAUCAGCCAACGCACAAGCUCUGGCUUCCUCUUUCGCAAAUGUAUUUGCUGCAUCUGCAGCCUCAGCAUCAGCCGCGACAUCUGCCUCUAGCUCAGCUUCUGCACAGUCUGCUGCAGCAGCAUUGGCUCAAAAUCAGUCGGCAGCAUCGGCAUUCUCCCAGGCUGCUAGUCAAGCAGGAAGUCAAGCGUCAAGCCAAGCAGGAAGUCAAGUGGCGAGCCAAAGUGCUUCCGGUUCAGGGGCUUUUGGAUUCGGCACUUCUGCUUCAGGGAUAAUAACUUCUUCUCCUAGUUUAGCAAACUUAGUCAGCAAUGUGGCUCCAAUCCUUCUGUCUUCUAAUGGUUUGUCUUCUUCUUCAGCCUCUUCACGAAUUAAUAGCAUUGCUUCCGGUUUAUCGACUGCUCUAUCAUCAUCAAGUGGUGUCAGCCUUGAAAACCUUUCGAGUAGUUUAUCUUCUGUGUUCUCAGAAAUUCAGAACAAUAGUUUCGGGGUUUCUGCUGAGCAAGCUUUGAUUCAAGCUCUGUUUGAAGUCUUAACUGGUACAGUGCAAGUUCUUAACAGAGGUCAAACAUCGUUCGUGAGUGUAUCAUCUCCUACUGUGAUUAGCAGUUCUUUUUAGACUCUUCAGCUAAAGAACACGAAACGUUUGAAUCGUGAUUGUCUCUUGUAACUUUUCUUUUAAACAUUUCGAUAGAAAAAUAAAGACAGUAUUAGCAAGCAAA